AUGAAACGCCGAUCCGUCGCCUCAACCAGUGGUGCAUCGGUUGGCCGUCGCGGACGACCGGCGAAGGCCUCCACCAGUGAUACAGCGGUCGGACGUCGAGGAAAGGCGUCGACAGCCGCUACCAGUGAUGGAUCCGCUAGUCUUAACGAACAGUCAUCGACGGUUUCAUCCACUGAUGGACCCGUUGGCCGCCGCCGGAAGUCAGCGAAGACCGCAACCAGUGAGGGGACGAUUAGCCGCCGCGCAAAGUCAGCGAAGGCCUCCACCAGUGAUGGAUCCGUUGGCUGUCGAGGGAAGUCAGCGAAGACCUCUACCAGUGAUGGAUCCGUUGGCCGUCGAGGGAAGUUAUCGAAGGCCUCGACCAGUAGUGGAUCCGUUAGCCGUCGCGCGAAGUCAUCGAAAGCUUCAACCAGUGAUGUCUCGGUUGUCCGUCGCGGGCGUCGGCCCAACAACAAGAUGUCAACUGUGAUCACCAAAAAAGAGAAGAAAGCGUUUUACGAUUUGUUGUGCGAAAAGGGCUUCAGUUGUCUCAAGAAUGAAGAGCUCUUAACACAGACUCUACCCAACCGUACGAUCAGUGAAAUCAACGCAAUGAUUGACAACUAUAGCCGUAAAGGACAGGACUCGGACACGAGUGACGGUAAACAGCCAAUCGAGACGUGGUUUGAAUUAAUACAUCAAACCAUUCCUAACGCCACUAAAAAGGAUGAUUUGUCGGCCGUUUUAGUCGACAUAUUAAGCGAAAUGAGUGCCAAAGGAUUGGCCACUAAUGGCUCCGAUGGCGAUGAAGAAGCAACUGAUUCAGACUUAAAGCCCGACUUUAAACAGAUCUACGCGUGUAUUGGAGACGCACUGAGCGGUCGAUAUGUCCCACAAUUACGUCCAAUCGAUGCGUUUGUUUUCGUCAAACUCAUUGAAGAGCUCAAAGAGUUGCUCAGAGAUGUCGAUCACAACAAAGAGUUGGAUUAUUUGACAUCUGGUCAGUGGAUGGGCGCCAAGAAAUCAGGCGAAGAAGUGUUCGCCGAUAUAUAUAAGCGAAGACAACGACAAAAUGCUGCGGAAAAUGGAGAAACCGGUGCCGGAGAUACGUCCGCACAAUCGGUGAGACAAACCCGUAGUUCUGACCACUCUUUCGGUGCGGGCGAUGGGGAAGAGGCUCACGACGAAGAAGCGGAUGGUGUGGCCAUGGAUUUUGUUGAAUUCACAACCGGUUUGAGCGCCACUACAGACAAAAAGGUCGAGAUUUUGCAAAACUAUCCGAAGUUACGAAAGAUUAGCGAAUGUCUGAAUCCAAUCAAAAUUCCCAUCGAAUUAAUGGCCGAACAGACUCUCCGGUGGUAACUGUUCUGUCCUUCAGAUCUCAAUCUUUUAAUUGAAUAUUUGAUUAAUUGAUAACAUUUUUUAUGAAUAAUUAUUAAACUUUGUUUUUUAAUUACUUUUAUAAAU